AUGAGGAAAGGCCAGAGGGCGAGCAGCUCCUCUGAGUCGGACGAGAAUCAACAACUGCGGUCAGAUGGUUCUUCAGAUCGGUCGUCGCCAAGUGAAAGCUCAUCCGAUGAAGGAUCAUCAUCUCCACCCUUCACCAUGGAGGCAGAGGGUGUGAUGAAAAGGAGCCAGAGGUUCAGCAGUUCUUUCAGCUUGGAAGAAGAUAAUCAGCUACAGCCAAAGGAUGAAGACAGUGAGGAUGAGUCUUCGCCACAGAACCCUAACGGAGUACCCAUCACCGAGCAGGUGGAGGCAGAAUCAGGAGCGGAGAGCGUUUUAUUAGAAAAAAAACAGGACUCUUAUUGUGACAGGAAUAUACCCCAGAGGUCGGGUUUAUUCAGGCCUCAGGAGUUAUGGCUGGCAGUGACGAGAUGUCUCUCCCUCCGAUGGCCUCCAUGUCUGUCAAUCAACAGACAAACAAACAGGAAACUAGCUUACCAAAUGGACCUUGACCAAUCAGAGGACACACAGUCGUCCGGUAGCUCUGAUUCAACCAAUGACAGCUCCUCGAGCCUUUCUACAUCAGACGACAGGGAUGUGACAUCGACCAAACACGAGGAAAAAGAAGUGAAAAGCAAAGGGGUUAAAAGUGGGCCGGCCCGCUUUCUUGGGAUUUCACGUUCCUCCCCUAGAUUGCCGAAAGCUAAACAAGCUACAGACUCCGUGCUAGCUUCGAUGAUCCUGGAAAAAGAAAUGUUUUUAAGGAUUGAGCUGGUGGAGUCGGGCGACGAGAGGGAAGAUUUACGCUACAGGGCAGAGUGGAAGCUGUCAGAGAGAACUAAAGAACUGGCAGAGGGAGUGUGGCUUUCUCGAAGCCAAAAAUUGAUGGAUUGA